ACGCUAGCGGUCUACUCUGCAGUGAGAACGACUCGCAUCACACGCGUUUGACGUCUCUCUCCGGUUCUUUACCGGUCGCGUGGAGGGCGAGAAAAAGUGAAGAACGAGGAGGAGAAAAAAAAAAGAAGAAAGAAUCAGUUUUGAUUCGACGAUACUUCUUUUCUCGUAUCGACCGGGGAAGGAGGAGGAAGAAGCAAAAGAAAACCCUAGCGAUGCGUCUCUGCAAGGUCUCCUCCUCCUCCUCUCCCCCAUUUUGCCUCUCCUCGCUCCCCAAUCUCGCCAUUAUCGCCUUUCUCCUCUUCUUCUUGGUCCUCUCCGGGCGUUUCCUUGCGGCGGGGGCCGACGAUGUCUCCAGCGACGACGACGACGCCCCCAAAUCACCCGGAUGCAGCAACAAGUUCCAACUGGUUAAGGUAAAGAGUUGGGUGAACGGGACAGAAAGCACAACUUUUGUUGGGCUGAGUGCUAGAUUUGGUGCUACUUUGCCAUUGCAAACUUCUGAAGCACAAAAACAUUUUGCUGUUCUUGCUAAUCCAUUCGAUUGCUGUGCUAAUUUGUCAUCAAAGUUAACAAGUUCAGUUGCCUUGGCUAAACGUGGAGAUUGUACCUUCACUGAUAAAGCAAAGGUCGCUCAGUCCGGAGGUGCAGCAGGGUUACUAGUAAUAAAUGAAGAUGAAGAACUUUAUAAGAUGGUCUGUACUGAAAAUGAUACUUCAAUUAAUGUGACAAUCCCUGUGGUAAUGAUACCAAAGUCAGCAGGAGAUAAAUUGAUGGAGUUUAUGGCUAAUGGAGGAGGGAAUGUGGAAGUUCUUUUAUAUUCACCAAAUCGACCAGUUGUGGACUUUUCUGCAAGCUUUUUGUGGUUAAUGGCUGUGGGAACAAUUGUCUGUGCUUCGCUUUGGGCUGAAUUUGUCGCAUGUGAGCAGGUUGAUGAACACUACGACCAAUUGACACGGAAGGAUGGGCCUGAUACUAGAACACGUAAUAGAGAAGCCUCUGAGAAGGAAGUCCUAGAGAUUAAUACAAAAGGAGCUGUAAUUUUUGUUAUAGCAGCUUCAGCUUUCCUUCUGCUUCUUUUCUAUUUAAUGUCAUCUUGGUUUGUUUGGCUUCUGAUUGUGCUGUUUUGCAUCGGUGGUACUGAGGGAAUGCAUGUUUGCUUGGUAACACUUCUUUCAAGGAUACUUAAAGAUUGUGGACAGACGACAAUCAAUCUUCCCAUUUUUGGUGAAGUUUUGAUGCUAUCUCUUGGGGUUCUACCGUUCUGUGCAACCUUUGCUAUUCUUUGGGCUGUUUUUCGACAUGCUUCAUGUGCUUGGAUUGGUCAAGAUAUCCUUGGUAUCUGUUUGAUGAUAACUGUUCUGCAAAUGGCUCGGUUACCAAAUAUCAAGGUUGCAUCAGCUCUUCUUAGCUGUGCGUUUGUCUAUGACAUAUUCUGGGUGUUUAUCUCACCCCUUAUAUUCCACGAAAGUGUUAUGAUUGCUGUUGCUAGUGGUACUAACAGUGGUGGAGAAGCAAUUCCCAUGCUUUUAAGGGUACCUCGCUUUUUUGAUCCAUGGGGUGGCUAUGAUAUGAUUGGCUUUGGGGACAUUCUUUUUCCUGGAUUGCUUGUUGCAUUUAGUUACAGAUAUGAUAGAUCAAACAAGAAAGGCAUCAUGAAUGGCUACUUUCUAUGGCUAACGGUUGGCUAUGGAUUCGGUCUUUUCCUCACAUAUCUUGCUUUAUUUCUGAUGGAUGGUCAUGGUCAACCUGCCUUGCUCUACCUUGUUCCAUGUACAUUAGGGCUUAUAAUCAUACUGGGUUGGAUGAGAGGAGAGCUAAAUGACCUGUGGCACUAUGGGAGAAGUCGACAAGAUGUCGAUCCAGCUAAUGACAUUUAACCCAUAAAGGUCAAGCUUUGUUAUAGAUAAAUUCGCGGCCCGCAAAAUCUCAAUUGGGGCCUGUAAAUCGUAGACCUUCUGAGAUGUGGAAGAUCCUUACAAGCUCAAGCAACUGCCGGCGACAUCAAGCACCCAGUAAGUUGGGAUACGAUCUUCUUUGACAAAUUGUAAGGUUAUGUUGCUACUACACAAGGACAGAAUUUGCGGUCUUUGUUUUGAUAUCCUUCUGUAUUAACUUUGAUACUUGACUUCUAAUUAGCAAUCAAGCAGAAGUUGUAUUCUCUACAAGGUUGUAUUUAUUUGCAUCAACGGGAAUACGUUUUCUGGGUAAAUUUAACCAUAUCUUCAUGAUAAUGCAGUAGUCUUCAUAAAAUUCGAGUCUCAA